AAAAUAUGCUUCAGAUUUGCACACAGAAGACGCUGGCAGCGAAGGUCGGCAUGACAAGGGGGAGAUAGCCGACAGGUUCACCUGGGCCACAGGCAGCGCCCACCUGCCACCUGUUCCUCUCAACGCCUUGUCGCUAUACUCACGAUUCAAGUUGAUAGUUGGAGCAUAAUUUGAAAUUUGGACAAGUACGCCGGACACCUGAGGCAAUCCCGCGCCGAAGGUCCCCCAGCAGCAGACAACCCACACCCCUCACGCCGCCCCGCCAACCACCGCCUGCACAAGACGCCCCUUGACAACUCGUCUCCUCACCUGCCACAGCACCUCGACCUGGGCAGGACCUGGCAAGCGUGCCAUCUGUUACGAAACACACCUGCUGAACACCCACCACUCCAGGAGCCCAUAAUGACUGACUGCCAGGUGGAAUAUGGCACGCAAACAUUGCACUGUCUUUACCCUUGAGAUCACUGAAAAUAUGCAAACCUUACGUGCCGUACACGUGCUGCUCUGAUCAAGAUUAGGCAGGGUAUUUAAACGUCCAAGAAAACUAUAAAAAAUCUUCAAGACAUCUAAUGCACUAGUGUGAUACUUGAAUGACUGGUGGCUGCUGGACAUGCGAAUCCUUUAUAACACUUAUUUUGUGAGUAAGUGUAAUCGGCAGCAAGAAUAAUGGAAAUGGUGAGUGUAGGGAGGCGGGGGUGACGGGCGGCAUAGGCGGGGCAGGUGUGGCGGGGCAGCGCAGGGGGAACAUUUCUCCGUAGACACCUUCAUCAGCCUUGGAUACUCGCAGAAAACACCCAUGUGAGGAAUCGAAAAAAAUAACCAGCUCUGGAGAAACAUAAACGAUCAUUCUUCAGCGUGUGUGUGGCGUAAACAGUGGGAAAACGCAACACUGAAAAUGAUGUUGUGAGAGCUAAGUCACCUUGAGGGCGCCUUAGUGGAACCCUUGUCUGGUGGACGCCGAGGUGUAAACAGUCGUGACGGCACUGCUGAGUCUGAUGGUUUCAACCAAAACUGGCUAUCUCGUAUAUGAGGUGAGCUAUGGCAUAUAAUAAAGAAACAUGUCUCACUCGAGCAUGCAAGAUGUGGUCCGACAUGAGUGUUAGCGAGAGAGCAGUGCAGCCAGUCAGCUGCAACCUUAUCAACCUGCCUAGGCGCCAGGAAUCUAGCUUAAGUGAACAAGAGGGAAGUACGAUGAAGGUGUGAAGAACCAUACAGUGCCAGAAGUAAGGCUGAUUUUUAUGUUUCAAUAGAACUGCUUGUUUGAAAAGUUUGCUAAUUGCUUUGCAUGAUUCAUCAGUUUCCCACCCCUCUGUUGUUUGUAGUUAAUUUAGUUACAUUCAGUCUCUCAAUGAAGACUUCUGUCAUGGAUAAAAUAAGAAUUCUGAGGUCGAGUCGCAGGAAGACAGAUCCUAAACAAGGUAGAGCCCCAAAGCCCACUCCAGUGGUGGCCCCUGCCCAGGCCCCAAAGCCAGCAUCCUCAGAGACUACACAGCAGUGGGUACCUGUCCUGGUAUUGGAUAUUUCUCAGGCUAGUACCUCCCCUGUCUCCACUACCAUCCCUGUGGCAUACACUACUAAUGACAGUGUUCAAAGUGUGACUCUUAAGAAUAACAUACUGGUUGAAAAGAGUGUGCCUGUAACUACUGUAACCACCUGUUCUGGUGAUGUCCCAGUGUCACAUAAUAACAUCAUUCUCAGAUGCAGCAAUACAGACCCUAAACAAAGUCAAAUUUCCUCCAUUGAACCAGUGGUGGAUCCAGCCUCACAGGGCCCCCCACACGUAGCUGAUACUGAGCCUUCCGAACUGUCUGAAAAGGUAGACCAUGAUGUUUCUGACAGUCAGGUCAGAUGUGUGCUGUGUGACAAGAGCUUCCCCUCACUCAAAGAUAUGCAAACACACUACCUCAGCACCCACAAGUCUCGCCGUGGGAAGGACAGUCGUAAAGCCAAGGCCUGCAGUGAUAACUCUGCCACUCAGGCAGAAGUGGAUGGUGAGCAGAGUGGCCCAGAUCAGAGUGAGCCAUCCCUACCAGUAGGAGACAAGGGGGAGGUGGAUCCUAAGUGUCCAGUUUGUUCCCUUGAUUUUACAACUGCUGAUGAAGUAAAGAAGCAUAUGAAGGAGGUUCAUUCGUAUGUGUGUUCUGAAUGCAACAGCACCUUCUAUAGUCUUUUCCAGUUCACAAACCACAAGUGCACAAAGGUUCCAAAGAAAGUAAAACGUGUCAGAAAGAAAGGUGGUGCUGGUGUUGCAACAAAGUUACCCUUGAAGCCAGAAGUAGCCAAAAUCAUGAAUAGGUUUGUGCAGAUUCAGCCCAAAACAAAGAAAAAUAAUAAAGUGUUGCUUAGAAAACCCCAGAAAAGUCCUACACCUCCUUCGGUGGAAAGGGUCCAACAGCCGUUUUCUAUGAUUGCAUUAGUAAAUGAGCCCAAACAAACACAUGCACUCGAAACUGCUGAUGAAAAAAGAGUUCCUCCAUGCAGCAUGACAGCCCCCACUACCCCAGAGAUUGCUGAGGAGCCCCAACUCUUAGAGGCAGUAGAAGAGGGAAAGAGAGAUGGUUGUGAGGAGGAGGAGUCCACUUUUCUUCCUUCUAUUGAGAUGGCAUAUUCCCUAAAAGAUUCCAUAGACUGCAAAAGUGAGGUUCAAAACUGCUCUCUUCAGAUCCCAGUCAUAGAGACAAGGAACUUAGAGCAAGCCAGAAAGCAGUACCUCAGGACAGAAGAAUCUCCUGAACUCAAAGUUCCAAAGGGUGAGCUGGUCAAGCAGAAAAUUGCACAACUGAAAAGGAACCCUCAUGUCAGCCUCUCUUGGCGACCCACCCUGCAGACAAGAAGACAGACAGAAGAGAAUGAGGAAUAUGUAUGUGGUCGCUGUAAUGUGCUCUGUGAUGAUAUGGAAGACUAUAUGGACCACCUUCAGGACUGCCUUACCAUGACCAGUGUCACUUUAGAACCAGCCCCGACUCCACCGCAGAGGCUCCUCAAGCUGCCCUACCAGACAGCUUCAUAUGGCUCCUGUGAGAGUGGUCAUAACAGAUACUUGAUAAAUCAGUCCCUCAUGGCUAAGCUAAAGGCCUACCUUCCAACCCCAAUAACCCAAAAUUCCCAUCCCAGUUCCCACCAUUUCAAGCCACCCAGCACUCUUCCACCUGCUUCCAGUGGACAUACUUUUAGGGACCUCCUGGAUGAUGACUUUGGCUAUGAAUCUCAUGAAUCAGUUGACAUGCAGACAGCUGGCUCAGCUUCACCAGUCAGCCCUGCCACCCGAAACAGUGAGACAACCCACUCAACUGCUGUCCAGGGAAGAUCAUGUGUGAGCAGCACCACCAGGGGAACUGCCCAGCCCAUGGUGAUGAUCCCCAUGGACUCAAAAAUCAACCUUAGUGUGGCAUCUGACCACCAACCACUCAAGAAGCUGUCAGGACAUGCUCUGGGGGGGGAUGAGGCAACCGAGGCCUACAGCAAUCCAGGCCUGGCUGCCUCUCCCUUGGGUCUGCUGCUGGAUCAGGAUGACAUCAAGAUGGAGGUGGAGGAGGAGGUAGUGGAGGAUCACUUUGAGGGUUCAUGACAACAUGGAAACAGGUGGAUGCUGCUGGCACUUCAGUGUUGUUAGUUAACAGAUGUAUUGGUGGUGCCAGAUGGGAACCUUGGGCAAGGACCCCAUGGCUAGUACAUUGAGCCACAGGGUAAAGUUUGUGCAAUAAUUUGUAAGAUACAUGCAUUCUUAUCUAGUAACAUGGUGCUUAAGUGGUGAUCUCUGAGUGUAUAUUUAAAUCCUUGAACAUAAGUACAAGAAUGCUAGAAGUGUGUGUGUGGGUGUCUGUUUCUUGAUUCUAGCUAUCAGUGUUACCGUAACUUGGCAAGGAAUAUUUAUUUGGCCAUAUGUCCAUGCCAUACUAAGUCAGUAAUGAAACUGAGUGAAAAGAUGUAAGAGGUUGGUGAUGCAGUGAAAGAAAUCUGAAGAAUGAAAAGCAAUCAUAAGAAGGUUAAAGAAAAUACAAAAAAUAGUAGGAUGAGAAGAGUGUUUGAUCCUAUCAUCAAGACCCAAGUGGAGAGCAGAGAGUUUGGCUGCACCAGUGCAUAAAGUCCUGCAGGCAGGUGUACUGAAGAAGAGCUGAGAUGAGUGAGCCAGAGCAGGAUGGGUGGGAGGAAGCCCCUCCUUUCCCAGAAGUAUACAUCAAGGUGGAGCCCCAGGAAGUGGAAAUGAAGUCUGAUACUGAGGAUGGUUUGGGAGAGGACCUUGAAGAAUGUUACGGAGAGGAACUAGAAGGGAACAACUGUGAGGAUAUGGGCGAAGAGGACUAUGAAGAGCUGGAGGAUGACGAUCAAGAUACCAGGGAAGAGGAUGGUGAAGUUAGCUCUGAGGCUGCUCCAAGUGAAUUGCUGCAAGAUGAGAUGAGGUGUUGGGUGUGCCAGAUGGAGUACACAUCUGUGGCCUCCCUCAAGGCUCACCUCAGCAAGAAGCACAGGCUGUCUGUAGGGCCGUGCUUCACCUGUCACCUGUGUGGGGCCAUCGGCCAGACCAAGGCAACCCUCAAACGCCAUCUACUAAGGACUCAUGGCCAGAGCAGUCUGUCGGAGCACCAGAUGCUGAGACAGUGUCAGCACUGUGGAGAAGGCUAUGUAACCCAGGUGGCCCUCAACAAACACAUAGCUGAGGCUCACUCAGACCUUCUCUCUCAGUACCAACAGUGCACGCAUUGUCCUUCACUAUUCACAUGCCGUCAGUCACUGUUACGACACAUAACUCGAAGACAUCCUGAUGCUGAACUUCCCUGCCUGGAGCAAGAGCAGUGCCAGCAGUGCCAGAAGACCUUUCCCUCCCGUACAGCACUCAAGCUACACCUCAAGACCGAACAUCCUGAAACACUCAUCCAUAGAUGUGAAACCUGCUCUGCCACAUUCAAGUAUUCCUACCUGCUACGGCGCCACAUCAAAAACAUUCAUGAAAAGGAGCAGCAGCGAAAGGAGCAACAAGUUAAGACAAAGCGGUACAAGUGCUUGAAAUGUCCACGUGAGUAUCGGAGCAAAAACCACCUAGAGAGACACACCCUGGCGCACCUUACUCCCAAGAAGCCUCGAAUGUAUACCUGUACUUUGUGUGGCACCAAAUUCACCACAAGAAGUCACAGGUCACGGCAUAUGCGACUGGUUCACUGGGAGAAGACUCGGCUAAAGUGCAGCGAGUGUAACAAGGAAUUUGAGACCAUGGAGGAGUUAAAUGAUCACCGUCAGGUGCACAGGAUGAGCUGUGCUGUUUGUGAAAAGACUUUCCUGCGUCGAGACACCCUCAGGGAACACCUUCUCAUACACAAUGGACCUAAGCUGCCCUGCCCAUUUUGUCCUAAGAAGUUCACCCAGAGCUCAAACCUCAAGCGGCACAUUCGAGUCCAUACAGGUGAGAAGCCAUACAAAUGUAGCUUCUGCUCUAAGCGCUUUGGGGACAAGUCGGCAUGCAAUAGUCACAUGAGAGUCCACACAGGUGCUGAGCGGUGUACCUGUCCUGAGUGUGGUGCCUCCUUCUCUAAGCGCCAGAAGCUCAACUAUCACAUGAGAAAGCACACAGGGGAGGGGCUGCUGCAUUGUCCCCUGUGCUCUCGCCUUGCUACUGACUCCUAUUCUCUUAAAAAGCAUCUUGAGACCCACCAAGCAGUCCUAGUCCGCCUGCUGCAGGGAGCUGGAGUGUCUGGUAAAACUGAAGACUGCCAAAGCCUUGCCCUCCGCACCCUUCACAACCUGGCGUGGGUUACUGCCAGGGCUAAGGCCACUGCCAAGACAGCCUCACUUUGCCCCCCUAGAACCCCAUCUCCAGUGGCAGGGGACAAAGUUGAUGGGAUUAAAGAGGAGAUGGAAGAAAUCCCUUCUACUAACUGUGAGAAAGACCAAAAAGCUGGUUGUGAGGAUAGUGAGGACGUAAGGACUGCAAUUGAGCACAUUGAAGUUAAUGUAAAAGUAGAGAUCCCAGAUGAACUGGAUGAAGAAGUGCAUUCACCUUCUGCAGAUGAGGAAAAUAUCUCAAAAUUAAGACAGUUUAGACAGAUCAUUAAAAAAGAAGAUUCAGAAGAUCCACUGCAGGACAGUGAUAAUCAGAAUGAAGUGGAAGAACCAUAUAACGAUGUAAAACCAGAGGUCUUAAGUUAUAUCAUGAGUUUGAGAUGUGCACAGUUCAAUGAAGCAGUGAAAUGUGCUUUGGAAAAGUAUAAGCUGGAAGCAGCCAAUCAGGAAGGAGAGGAUAGCACUGCAUUGUUGGAAAGUCAGUCUGAAGAAAAUUCAGGGAAAAUGAAUGCAGAAAAUGAAAUGGUAGAAGAAGCAGAGGGUGUAGAGGAGGAUUUGAGCAAGAAGGCAAAUAGCAGUGAAGAAGAUUUAAAUCGUAAAUUGACUGAGGCUGGCAUGGAGAGUGUAGCAUCAGAGCAGGUGCCUGGUACUUCCUUGACGGAGGAACCUCUGGUGGUGCUUGCACGUCUGUGGCGGCUCAUCCUUGGGUCAGCGGAAUAUCAAGAGCAGCGUGAAGAAGAAAGUACCUUCUCUAAGUGCUCGGAGGAGGAACAGGAUGUGGAAGAGACUGAAAAAGACACGGGUAACUCUGAAUUAGACAAUGGAACACAGUCAGAGCCAGAGCUUCAGGACACAAAUACUGGGCCCCAACAGGACUCAAAUGAGGAAAUGGAGAGUGAAGCAUCUGGGUGUGAAGAAAAUAGUUCCUCUUGAAGCUUCUAAUAGACUGGCUUCCAAGGUAUGGAUGGCAUCAAGGAACUUGGGGUCUAAGGACACAGAGUCAGUGAAUAGUCAGUGAAUUUAUAUAUUCAUUAUUUAUUUACCAAACUGCACUUUUUUCACUUGUAAAUUAUUAUUAUUAUUUAAGUUUUAGUUGUCUUUGUAAGUUUCAUCAACUUUGGAGGUUUACAUUUUUACAAAAAUGAAAAUAUGAAAUAUACUUAGCCAACCUUG